UCCACCACUCUCCUCUUCAUUUCUUUCUACCAAAGCCUCUCUAAACUGAGAGCCCUGAGAUUACCAAAGAAGCAGGAUGGCAACAGCUUCUCCGAUGGCCAGCCAGCUCAAGAGCAGCUUCACCUCACCAACAACCUCUAGGGCCCUGCCUGUUGCCUCUCCCAAAGGCCUCUCUGCUUCUCCUCUUAGGCCAUUUUCCUCUAGGAGGGCACCCUCCUCUUUCUCCAUCAAGGCUAUCCAGUCUGAGAAGCCAACGUACCAAGUGAUCCAACCCAUUAAUGGUGAUCCAUUUAUUGGAAGCCUUGAAACACCUAUAACUUCAAGCCCAUUGAUAGCCUGGUACCUGUCCAACCUUCCAGCCUACCGGACUGCAGUAAGCCCACUUCUUCGGGGCAUCGAGGUGGGCCUGGCCCAUGGGUUCCUCCUUGUUGGGCCCUUUGUGAAGACCGGCCCAUUAAGGGACACCCCCAUUGCUGGGCCAGCAGGGUCUCUAGCUGCUGCUGGACUUGUUGUUAUACUGAGCAUCUGCUUGACAAUGUAUGGAAUUGCAUCCUUCAAGGAAGGAGAGCCGUCGAUUGCUCCGAGUUUAACCCUCACCGGGCGGACCAAGGAGCCGGACCAGCUCCAAUCGGCCGACGGUUGGGCCAAGUUCACCGGAGGGUUCUUCUUCGGAGGAAUUUCCGGCGUCACUUGGGCUUACUUCCUCCUCUAUGUCCUAAACCUUCCUUACUUCGUCAAGUAGGGUUUUCGCCUAUUGAGAUGAUCAAAGAAUUGUAUAUUUGUUGACAACUUUUAUCACAACCAUCGUGUUUAAAUUGCAUGCAUGCCUAUUUAGAUAAUGAAGUACGUGUUGUUCUCUUUUUCCUUUCA